GACUUGGUAGAGAGGAAACAUUGCCACAUCAGUGUCUAUGUCCAAAUGGAAAAUGCCUAAACAACUGAUUCCUAAAAAGUUGAAGCAGUUGAAGUUCCAAAUGUCUCCCUUUGCUUACUGAUAUAUAUUAAGGAGAUAAAGGGGAAAACACACACAGAGACUACUCAUUGAGCUAGCUGGUGGGUUGAUUAGAUGGCUAAGCCAAGGAUAACUUCAGUGCAAAUGAAGGAAUGUCUGUAUGAAUUUAAGUUGGCCAUUCACCAAAGAUUUGGAGCUGAAAGUUGUCUUUGAGAAAAGUUCUAAAAGGAGCAAUCCACAAGGCUAUGGAUGGAUCCGUAGUUGUAAACAGCUGAAAGCAAAGGCAGACUGCUGAGUGCAAUAAAGAAUGAGUUCUUUUAACAAGAAAUAGAAGCAAAGUUUCAAAAGAAUUUGCAAGAAGAAGCAAGUCCAAAAAGAAUUUGCUAGAGCUACAUCAGUUCAAUGUCAUCAUGUUGAUUGGAAAUGUCCACAACCAGCCAGAAGUAGUAGAUUUAUGCACAAAAUAUCUAGAUCAAGGCUCAACUUUGUUUAACUGCUAGAAAUAUCAUGAAAAACUAUGUAUCUCAUACCAUUUUUUUCAUGAACAAUAUCAUACAUUCCCUCAUUUUGGUCAUUUAUGGCUUUGAUUAUAUUUCGAAAAAGCUUCAAUCACUGUAAGCAAAAAUGACAGUUGAAUUGAUGAUUAUAUGCUGCUUGAAAACUCAGAAUUUUGCCCCUACCUACCCCAGAAGAGGGGGAAGAAAAAGAGGGAACAAACUGAGCAUGUGCACAUAUAUAUAAUUAAGAUGAACAAUGUAAACAUGUUAUUCUUUUUUCUUUUGUUAUUAGAAAAAAGGCAGCUCUUUCGACCAGCACUCGUGCGUCGAAGAUUUUGCGGAUUACUCGAAGGAUAUUGAAGAGAUAAGAAGCUAACAACAUAGUGGUAGGAGACAUGGCAAGAACAAUGCUGAGAUAUCAUUAAUUGCACAUAACCAUUUUGAUAAAGAGAAAGAAGAUGAAUUCUCAAUCUUCCCCCAUGUGUUCAUGUGUGGAACAACCUCCUUGUCACCAUGGAGGCAGACCAAGCUGAAUUAGUUUAUAUUUCUAAAAGAGAAUCAUAUAUAUAAUUAAUGAUAAUUGCAGUGGUUAGCUUGUUAAUGAGUUGGAGACUUGGUGGAGAGGAGACAUUGCUUAAACAAUGCUGAGCAGGUGGUUUAGAUCCAAAUCUCAUUCAUGAUAUCUUAUUCUUAUCUUUCAUUGAGAUUUGAAGCAAAUGAAAUUCCAAAUAUCUCCUUGACUUACUGAUAUAUAUUGAUUAGGAACUGAUUGAGGUUCACAGACUUGUCAAUCUACAUCUUCCUUUCAUCUUCAAGCCUCUCUCUUUCACUCUUUUUCAGAUAGAAACAUGGCUGGCUUUCCUUCAAGCAAGAAUACCAAAUACCAUACUCGCUCGAACAGCUUGCCGUCCCGACCGCACCCUCUCAUUUCACAAUGUGAUGAGCACUUGACUAGACUAAGAUUUUUUGAUUCCACUCCUGCCUCAUCAUCAUCAUCCAUAAGCCAACAGCUAAGUGGCCUCGAGGAUUUGCACGAGUGCGUCGAACAGUUACUUUUGUUACCCUCCAUUCAAGAAGCUUUUGUUAGGCAAUGUGGAGAGAAAUGGGUUGAUGAGUUGUUGGAUGGAUCUCUUAGGCUGCUUGAUAUGUGCAGCUCAGCCAAGGAUGCUUUGAUCCACACAAAGGAAUGUGUCCGUGAGCUUCACUCGGCCAUUCGACGAAGAUCUGAGAUGACAAAUGAGGUUAAGAAAUACUUGGCCUCUAGAAAAGUUGUAAAGAGGGCAAUCCAAAAGGCCCUCGAUACUAAUAAGAGCAUCGAAAGCAAAAGCAACACAUUGGUCAACGGUAGCGACUACAACACUACAGCCAUGGUUAGCUUGUUGAAGGAGGCGGAAGCAAUUAGUCUUAGGCUGUUUGAGUCCUUACUUUUCCUUAUCUCAGGGAAGAAGACAAAGUCUAGCUGGUCAAUUCUUAGUGUAAUGCUCAGCAAAAGAGAAGUCUGUCCUGAAGAAGAUGCAGAACUCAAUGAAUUUUCCAAUAUGGAGAAUGCAUUGAACUCUGUUACAUGCCAAAAGACAAACAAAUGCAAAGACACGAUUCAAGUGUUUGAGAAUGUCCAAAAACAUCUUGAAAAGUUGGAUCUAGGCACUCAAGAUUUGGAACAAACAACCGAGCGCUUGUUCCGUCGUUUGAUCAAAACUAGAGUCUCCCUCCUCAACAUCCUCAGCAACUAGAUGAAAACAUUAUGCAUACUGUACAUGAUAUCAAUUCACAAGAUGUAGAUUUUUAAGGAAAAGCAUACACAUGUGCUCUUGGCACAAAUUUUGUACAAUUUUGAGCUCAUAAUGAUACUUCUCUUUGCAAUACCUCCAAAUUU